GCUAUCUCACCACCACGUACCGCUUCCACCCUCGUCGCCAGUGCUACGAAUUCGUUCUCGUUCUCCCGCCUGCGAUGUUGCGCCCGAACCCCUCUUAGAUCGACCAGCGGAUCCAGGACACGCACGUCAAAAUGUAUGGGUUCGUCAACUAUGCUUUGGAGCUGUUGGUGCUCAAAACUUUCGGAAAGGAGACAUGGGAGACGAUCAAGAAACAAGCAGAGGUCGUAAUGGAGGGACAGUUUCUCGUUCGGCAAAUAUACGAGGAUGAAAUAACUUACAAUCUCAUAGGAGCAGCAGUGGAAAUUUUGCACAUUCCUGCAAAUCAAAUUUUAGAGCUCUUUGGGAAGAUGUUUUUCGAGUUCUGCCAAGAUUCUGGAUAUGAUAAGAUAUUACAGGUGCUAGGAGCUACCCCUCGAGAUUUUUUACAGAAUUUAGAUGCUCUUCAUGAUCACUUGGGCACACUCUAUCCCGGAAUGAAAGCUCCCUCUUUCCGAUGCACGGAGCGAGCAGAGGACGGAGCGUUAAUACUUCACUACUACUCCGACAGACCUGGACUGGAGCAUAUUGUGAUCGGCAUUGUGAAGACGGUGGCGAGUAAACUUCACGACACGGAAGUGGAAGUGGAAAUAAUCAAAACAAAAGAAGAAAGCGACCAUGUACAGUUUUUGAUCACAGAACAAAACUCUAGGGGUAAAGUUCAAAAUCCAGAAAUAACCGAAGUUGAGACUUUAUCUCUCGAAUCUAAAGUGAGCCCUGAUACAUUUUGCAAAGUCUUUCCUUUCCACUUGAUGUUUGACAGGCAGCUUGUUGUCGUGCAAACAGGAGCCGCCAUAACCAGGAUUAUGCCUAUGGUACAACAGUCGCAGUGUAAAGUCACCGAUGUGCUGGAUCCGGUGAGACCACAUUUAGAUCUCACAUUCGAAAACAUUUUAGCACAUAUCAACACGGUUUACGUCUUGAAGAGUAAACCUGGAGUGAUGCACACGAAUAAUAUGCAUUCUGAACCUGAAUUCUCAUACGUUCGACUGAAAGGUCAAAUGCUAUACAUUCCUGAAUCGGACCUCAUGAUCUUCCUCUGUUAUCCGAGUGUGCUAAACUUGGAUGAUUUAACAAGGAGGGGCUUGUACAUUAGUGAUAUUCCUCUGCAUGACGCAACUAGAGACCUCGUCCUCAUGUCUGAACAGUUUGAAGCAGAUUAUAAGCUAACAAAGAAUUUGGAGAUUUUAACAGACAAACUCCAACAAACUUAUCGGGACUUAGAGACGGAAAAGCAAAAGACAACUAGGUGGAGACGGUUGGUGAUAAGUACAUGGCAGUUAGUGGUCUUCCAGAGCCGUGCAACGAGCACGCGCGGUGCAUCGCCCGUUUAGCCCUCGAUAUGAUGGACCUGACACGGGAAGUGAUAAUAAAUGGAGAACCUGUGAAAAUAACGAUUGGAAUUCAUUCCGGAGAAGUGGUGACCGGGGUUAUCGGGCACCGUAUGCCAAGGUAUUGCCUCUUCGGGAACACAGUGAAUCUAACGAGUAGAACAGAAACGACAGGAGAAAAAGGCAAAAUCAAUGUUUCUGAAGACGCUUAUGGGAUUCUCAUACAAGAAGGAAACAAUGAUCCACAGUUUCAAUUAGACUUCCGUGGUCCAGUAAUGAUGAAAGGACGAUCCGAACCGAUGAAAGUGUGGUUCCUGUCAAGAAAAUCCGUUCCAUCAGAGUAAAAUUCAGAACGAUCAUUUGGUCCACUCGGAUCGAAUGGUCACUCCUAGAGUACACGGUAAAAUACCACGUCAAAUGGACGUAUGUCUGCCAAACGGAACCAUAGACUAAAGUCCCGUUAUACAGAGAGUUAAGACAACACGGCUCAUAGUUGUCACAAACGGAAACAAAGAUUACACAAAUUGAACAUUCUUCGAAAUCUUUGAUCAACUAACUCUCGAAUUUCUCUCUCCGUUCCUUUUCUAAUUCCGUUUGUUCCUUGCCGUUCCCUUGAUUCCCCGAUCUGUUUCAGUUUAUAAUCUUUGCAAUCAGUGAAAAUGUAAUCUUUAUUCCCGUUUAUGACACCGUGGAGACCUAAAAUACGGGAACCAAUCAGAAAUGGAUUCGUACCGUCUUUACUCUCAGUAUAAAGGGACUCUACUAUAGACGAGUGAGAAAGAUCGGGUGUGCUCUAGAAAGCUGCAGAAGAAACAAUGUUAAAGUGGGCAUGAUUCUCUUUGAAGAAAUGAAAAAGCGGAACUUUACAUUCUGUCGAACGGAACUAAGUGCCGACUGAAUGCGGCACUCAUGAGCCAUGGGCUUGGGCAUGUGACAAGAGCCUCGUAAACAGGGCUCAUGAGUUAAAGACUCGGAUGAAUCCGAUCGUCUUCUCCGUCAUCACCGCUGACGUCACUGGGGCUUUGUGAUUCCCAUUCAUUCUUUCGACCCUUAACUGACGAGCUCACCCCUUCUUUCCCACCUGUCUCUGGUUCCGUUGUGCAGAAAUACGUCCAAAUGGGAUCUCAUAAGUAACAUUCAGUGCCGAGUUUGACGUUCCUUGACAUCGCUCUGAAUGUCUCCGAAGUCAAGAUAUACGAUGCAAUAUGCUUUCUAACUCUGUUCUUGUUUUUUGAAAAAAAAAAAAAGAGAGGCAAAAACUGCAAUUAUUUCAAACAACACGUGAGAGAGUAAUAUUAAUAAAGGAGGAGAGAAGAGAGGAGGUGGGGCAAAAUCGGUAAAAUUACCAGCUUUUGUGGUAACUGUAGUUGAUUCUAUCUCCGAUUAGUUCGGAUAUAUGCGGGUUAUUGGUCCAAUAUAUACCUAUAGUGAAGGUAAUAUUUACUAGUACAUGGUGUUAAAUUUGUAGAUAUCAUCUGAAAUGAACUUGUUGGUGUCUGAAAUGUAUUUUAUACUGAUGUUUUCUUCCUAUUCUGUUUUCUUUUUUCAAUCUUAAGUAUUUUAUCAGAGGCAGAUUACCUGUCUGAGGUUAUGUUUUGAUGUUAAACUUCUUGGAGAUUUUUAUGUAAAAUUAUUCCUUGUUCUUUUUGGUAAAAUAAAAAGUAUACUUGUUUUUGGUAUAA